AUGGAGUCUUCAAACGGGUAUUUGGCGUACAAACACUCCUUUGCUUCUUCCCGAAGAGAAGUCACUUACAGCUGCGGUACUUGUGGAUAUGAUCUAAACCUGAACUCGUCCAAAAGGAACACAUCAACCAUUGGUUCCAAAUAUUCUAAAUCCAUAAAGAAGGGGAUCAUUACCUUUUCCUCCAUCGAUCAGAACCGAUUCAAUCAGGUCGAAGAUAUCGGUUGCGUACCCUACUUCAUUUCUAAGCACUCUCGGGGUUUGUUCAGACGGAAAACCAAACUUUUGUGCCCGAAAUGUGGUAACCAUAUUGGUAAUGCUUAUGAUGAUAAUACUUUUUCUUAUUCCCUUAUACGAAAUGGUUCAAGCUCACCCUCUAGCAGUGAAAUCUCCAAUCCGAGAAAAUAUGAUAUCAGAAUUCGUUCAUUGCAACCUUCUGCAGAAUAUGGUUUUCCAUCUGUGUUGUAA